ACUUCAAAAAGUAAUCGCCAAAGAAGCAACUAUUCUUUGCAGAAGCAGCAGCACCUUAGCAUUCUUUAUCUGCUGUUUUUUCUUCAUAUUUCACUCCCCAUUUGAAGAAGAAAUGCAAUAGGAGGCAAUAAACAGAGGAGGGUACUGAACGGCGGUGUGAAGAAGGAAGAAGAAGACAUGGGUAGUUCAGUACAAGUGAAGCUCAUUUUGUUCAUUGUGGGAUUGUAUUGCUUUCAUGGAUACUGUUAUGGGGUUGAGGUUGAAGUUAAUCAGACAUCAACAUUGUUUGUAAAUGCUUCACAAGCAUCUUCAAGAGCAAUGCCUGAAACUUUGUUUGGGAUCUUCUUUGAGGAAAUCAAUCAUGCUGGGUCAGGUGGAACGUGGGCUGAACUAGUUAGUAACAGAGGUUUUGAAGCCGGGGGUCAGAACACUCCCUUCAACAUUGAUCCUUGGUCCAUCAUUGGAGAUCAAUCAUCUCUUAUUGUGUCAACAGAAAACUCAUCAUGCUUUGAAAAAAACAAAAUUGCUCUUCGGAUGGAUGUGCAGUGUGGCAGUGAAGGCUCAGAUGAUUGUCCUGAUGGAGGUGUUGGAAUCUACAACCCCGGUUUCUGGGGCAUGAAUAUUGAAAAGGGGAAGAGCUACAAAGUGGUUCUCUAUAUACGUUCGCUUCAAUCUGUUAAUGUGUCUGUUUCGCUUACCGACUCUAGUGGAUUAAAUGAACUUGCUACUGCUAACAUCAUAACUAAUGACGUGUGUAAUUGGACCAAGACUGAGGUUAUUUUAAUACCAAAAGAAACAAACCACACUUCAAGACUGCAGUUGACAACAACCAAUCCAGGAGUCAUCUGGUUUGAUCAAGUGUCAGUCAUGCCCAUGGAUACUUACAAGGGGCACGGCUUUCGUAGCCAGCUUGUCGAAAUGCUUAUAGAUUUGAAGCCAAAAUUCUUCAGAUUCCCAGGUGGAUGUUUUGUUGAAGGUCUGGUAUUACGAAAUGCAUUUCGCUGGAAAGAAACUAUUGGACCAUGGGAAGAACGGCCUGGACACUAUGGCGAUGUUUGGAAAUACUGGACUGAUGAUGGAAUUGGAUACUUUGAGUUUCUUCAGCUAGCAGAAGACAUAGGUGCAUUGCCAGUUUGGGUUUUCAAUAGUGGAAUUAGCCACCAAGAACAAGUGCCUACUGCUAAUAUCCAUCCCUUUGUACAGGACGCUCUUGAUGGAAUUGAGUUUGCUAGGGGUGAAUCCAAUUCAACUUGGGGUUCUAUCCGUGCAAAGAUGGGACACCCAAAACCUUUUGACUUGAAAUAUGUUGCUAUUGGGAAUGAAGACUGUAAGCUGAAGUAUUACCAUGAGAAUUACCUUCAGUUCUAUGAUGCCAUAAAACUCGCAUAUCCAGACAUCCAGAUAAUCUCAAACUGUGAUGGUUCUCCUAAUGAACCAUUAGAUCAUCCAGCAGAUUUGUAUGAUUUUCAUAUUUAUACUCAUGCAAGUAAGCUCUUCGAUAUCAAUUGGUUUGAUAAAACACCACGAAAUGGCCCCAAGGUUUUUGUUAGUGAAUAUGCUGUGAGAGGAGAAGACGCAGGUCAAGGAAGCCUUCUAGCAGCAUUAGGUGAAGCUGGAUUCCUUGUUGGUAUUGAAAAGAACAGUGAUAUUGUGUCAAUGGUGAGCUAUGCACCUCUCUUUGUGAAUACCAAUGAUAGAAGUUGGAUGCCAGAUGCAAUUGUAUUCAACUCCUUCGAGCAAUACGGGACCCCAAGCUAUUGGAUGCAGCACUUCUUCAUAGAAUCUAGUGGAGCUGCACUAUUGAAUUCUACAUUACAAACAAAUUUAAAGUCACUUGUCACUUCAGCCAUUGCUUGGAAUAACGAUGGAAGCAGUUUCUUGAGAAUAAAGGUUGUGAACAUUGGGAGUAAUCCUGUAAAUUUAACAAUUUCAAUUGAAGGACUUGAAGAAAAUUCAAUCUCAUUGAGUUCAACUGGAUCAAUAAGGACUGAGUUAACUUCUGGUGAUCGAAUGGAUGAAAAUUCAUUCCUUGAGCCAAGAAAGGUGAUUCCGGUUCGGAGUGCGAUUGAUGAAGUUGACAAGAAUAUGGUUUUGACAAUAUCUCCUUUUUCGUUUACAAGCUUGGACUUGGCAAUCAAAAAGCUUGAAGAUCAGAGCAAUUGAUUGUAAAUUCGAUGAGAAAUAAUAUGAUUUUAUUGA